ACUAUAUUUGGGCUUAAAGCAAAGAUACAUAAGUUGUGACCUGUGUGUCUAUUUUUUUGUUGUUGUUUUUUUUUUUAUAAUUAAUACGCUUUUUUAAUUAUACGCUUCCGCUGUUCAGUGAACGUGCACACCUCAAUGUGACGUCAUUGGCUACGCAGGUAAAGUGAGUUUGGCAGCACCGGGAUAGAGUCAGGAGUUACUCUAGUGAAGUUACAGAGUGUGUUAAAGGCACAGUAAACCUCGUAUGUGUGUAUGUUAUGUAUGGUUGAUUAGUGUUACUUCCAAACCUGUCAUUAUGGAUGCUGCUAAUUCGGGACAGGCAAUGUUUGCCCCACCCGCCGCAGAGGGCCCCAGCGCUCCUCCAGUCGGCAUGUUUGACAGCAUGCCUGGCUAUGAAGGCACCGUGGCGGGAGGAGGAGGUGGAUUUCUGCCCCCUCCAAUGCCCAUUCACCCCCAACCUAUGCCCGAGCCUGGACCUGAGCAGCCGCAGUGGAACAUCCCAUCUAUAAGUGAAGACACUGCCCGGGAUGCUUUUGUUCUGUUUGCAUCCAGUAAGUGCUGCUACAGCAAAGGACCAGCGAAGGAUGGCGUGAUCACUGCCAUGGAUGCGUUCAAUACGUACAGGUAUCGCCUGGAAACUUAUACUGAGACCAGAUCUACAGAGUGGAGCCACGAGCCAUAUCAUGGUCAGCCUGUCGAUGCCUAUGCCCAACCACCUCCAGGACCAUGGGACAUUCACACUAAAACCCCCAAUUUUUUUGUGGAUGACAAACAGGUUAUCAAGGUCCCCUAUACUUCAUCUAUGAAGAGCUGCCAUGUUUGUGUGGGGAUGGGACGAAAGCCUUGCAAAGACUGUGCCGGUGCUGGAAAUAAAGUUUGCUGGGUGUGCAAUGGAUCUGGUUACCGCCACGGAGAGGAUCGGUGCCACCACUGCAGUGGAAGAGGAAGAGAAAACUGCAGCCACUGUCAGGGGCAGGGAUCAAGGCAAUGUGAAAUGUGUCAUGGCAAACAACAGCUUCUGGUCUACAUCAAUCUCACUGUAAAAUGGACCAACAACACUGACAACUAUGUUGUUGAACAGUUGAGUGGACUGCCGGCGAACCACCUCAGUGAGGUGUCUGGCAAGGAGCUUUUCAGAGACACACAGUACAUGGUAUACCCAGUGAUGGGUUUCCCAGAUCCUUCAGUGGUGAAUGCUGCACAGCGCUUUGUCAAGGAACACCAGGGAAAAUACUCCCAGACGUCACGCAUUCUUCAACAGCGUCAAACAAUAGAGCUGAUUCCGGUCACCAAGGUGACCUACUUGUGGAAAGGAAAAUCCCACAUCUACUUUGUUUACGGGAAUGAGUUCAAAGUUAAAGCAGAUAACUAUCCUGCAACCUGUUGUUGCUCUGUAAUGUGAUUGCAUUUUCCAUGUAUGAAGAUGUUUACUUUCCAAGCCAGUGGAUAUGCCCACCUGUAUUACUUACAAGACGCAUCUACUGAUUAACAGUGCAUGCCUUGACAUGUAGGCAGUUAUGACUUAAAGUUUGUUAUUUGACAGAAUUAACAGACACAUUUAACCUCUGAACAAGUCUCAUAACUCAUUUAGCUACUUGAGUAAACAAUCGUGAAGGCCACACAAAAAGUCAAUAUAAUGUUGGCUGACUACCACAAUAUAACUUGUGUCAAUAAAGUCAUAUUGUUAUAUGUUUUGUAUGCAUGCAUCACAGAAAAAAUGUUUUACUGACAAUCUAAUCUGAAUAUAAUACUGUUGCAUUCCUUUGACCUCAGUACUUAUCUGGCUAUUUCAUUCAGUAUUUUACUGCACUAUUUUUGUAUGUUAAAUUCACAUUGCACCAAAUGCCAUUUUUUAUGUAAAUAUAAAUCACACUUGUAUUACAUUUGUAUGAACUUACGAGAUAAAACAUGUAUAAAUGCUUUGCAAUGAUUUUCCCGUUUUAAUAAAAGCCGAUUAUUUCACAAGAA